UCAGAUUGUGUAUCAUAAAGUUAUGGAAAAGAUUUGUGAAGAGGCGGUUUUUGAAUUGUGGAGAAGCUAGCGAAGUAUCCGAAUAUCAGUGAAAAAAGCGAACUACUGAUUCAUAAAAUUAUGUUUUAUAUGUCUGUACAGACAUUCAACGCUCGAAUUGAUUAGCACAUAAACAUAUGUACACUAUUCGUUUGCUUUCGUUUUUCGUAUGAUAAAAAAUUAUUAAUCAAAACUUCCGGACAUUCAGAAAUGGAGGGACAAACGGUGACUUUAGCUGUAUAUAACUUGGUACUGACUGGGAUGAGUAGUUGCUUGUCUAUUAUUGGCGGAAUUGUUAUUUUAGUGACAUACUUUACAAUUAGAGAAAUACAGAAUUUCACUAGGAAAUUACUUGUUUAUCUCACACUGGCUGACCUAUUUACCGCCGUCGGCAAUUUAACUGCCGUCGUGCGCUAUGCAUACGCCCACGACGGCAAGGAUCAUGUAGCUGAAAACUGUACCUCUGUUAAUAAAAUUACAGAAAAUGAGUACUUAUGUAUUGGACAAAGUUUUGUAACGACGUUUUCGAAUCUAGCUUCUUUCCUAUGGACCGCCGUUAUUGCAAUACAUCUGUGGUCAUCUGUCAUAAUAAGAACGCGACGAACAGAAGUAUACUACAUGCACGCGCUGUAUCACGUGCUGUGUUGGAUAGUUCCAUUAAUUAUUGUUCUGAUACUGCUGCACAAGGACUGUCUAGGAGAAGAUUUCUGCUAUGGUACCGGAGUGUGGUGUGGAAUAAAGAGCAACUUGCCGCCGCAGGAAAUACGGACAUGGAUGUAUAUAGCAGAUAUUGGAUGGCAGAUCGCUUGUUACUUAACAGCAUGUUUCCUCUACAUCCAUCUGAAAUUUUAUCUGAAACUGCACCACAAAAGUUCACAACUUGCGUCUUUAUCAGACACGCUGCGCAAUGAAGACGAAAACUUUGUGUUUGUGUGGAUGGUCAUUUAUUUGCUCAAACUCUGGGGAUUUACUCGAUUCUUUAUAACAACAUAUGCCGAUCUUGAUGUUUUGCAGCAACAACAUAUGAAGGGUUUUCUAGACUUUUUACUUACAAUGCAAAGUUAUGGUGCCAGCGGCCAAGCUUUCUGGAACUGCAUACUCUUCUGCGUUCUUGACAAAACUGUAAGGAAACAUUUGAAGGCUUGGAUAUUAAGAUGCUGCAAUGCUGGACAAGAAAGAGAUAGACUAUUGGGUGAUAUGUCAACGCAAGAAUACUGUUAAAUUAAUGCUAAAACAUAUUAUAAAUAGAACUUCAUACAUUUGAAAAAGUUCGAGUCGAAGUGAAUGUUAAAGACUCAGUGACUACUUUCAUUGUCAGAUACUGUAUGUCUAUCGUGAGUUUCCAUCAGCUCGAAAUCGUUUGAUACAUUGCGUUAGAGAAACAGAUAUAAUGCAUCCUAAAUCGGUUAUGAGUUUUGGGCUCCAUUUUUACCUAGUUUCUCUGAAAUAUAUUCACUAAAUAUCACAUAUUGAA